AUUUUUUUUUUGAGAAUUUUUCAAUAUAAUCAAGACACAAUCUUGAUGUUAUAGAUUGCACAUCUGUUAAAGAAAACCAAAACAAUAAUACAAUAUGACUGAUCACAGCGAAUAUCAACAACUAACUUUGAAAGAAAGUUACCUUGUGGGGAAACCACUAUUAUACUUUACAACAUGUUUCGUUAGUACAGGUGUGCUACUUUUUGGGUUUGAACAAGGUGUUAUGAGUGGAUUAUUGACUAAUCAUAGAUUCAAAGAUUAUUUUAAAGACCCUUCAAGUGCCGCUAUUGGUACUAUGGUUGCCAUUUUGGAAAUUGGUGCCUUAAUAUCUUCGUUAUUAUCGGGGAAAGUCUCUGAUAAAGUGGGUAGACGUCGUGCUAUUCGUUAUGGAGCUAUUAUUUUUGCAAUUGGUGGUGCACUACAAGCAUUGGCUCCAUCUUUAACCAUUUUGACCAUUGCAAGAUUCAUUAGUGGUCUUGGUGUCGGUUUAUUAACAACUGUUGUUCCAAUGUAUCAAACAGAGAUUUCUCCUCCACAUUCUCGUGGUCGUUUAGGUUGUGUUGAAUUUACAGGAAAUAUCAUGGGUUAUGCAAUUUCUGUUUGGGCUGAUUAUUUUUGUUCAUUUUUGGAAUCAAAUGCAGCUUGGAGAAUACCAUUAUCAAUUCAAAGUUUAAUUGCAAUUGCUCUAUAUUUUGGUUCUUAUGUCAUUGUGGAAAGUCCAAGAUGGCUAUUAAACCAUGACCAUGAUGCUGAAGGUAUUGUUGUUAUUGCAGAUUUAACCUCUGGAGGUAAUGUUCAAGAUGAACGUGCUAGAAAUGAAUAUAGAGAAAUCAAAGAAACAGUUUUACUUCAUAGAUUAGAAGGUGAAUCUUCAUACCGCUAUAUGUUCAAAAGAUAUAAAAAAAGAGUUUUCAUUGCAAUGUCUGGUCAAGCUUUUGCUCAAUUGAAUGGUAUUAAUGUGAUUUCUUAUUAUGCACCUUUGGUGUUUGAACAAGCUGGUUGGGAAGGAAGAGAUGCUAUUUUGAUGACUGGGUUCAAUGCAAUCAUUUAUGUAUUGAGUACUCUACCUCCUUGGAUCCUUGUUGAUAAAUGGGGGAGAAGACCAAUUUUAUUGUCAGGGGCUAUAGUUAUGGGUGUUGCUCUAACUGCUGUUUCCUAUUCCCUUUACGUUAAUACGGAAAAGACUAGACAUCUCGUUGUUAUCUUGGUUUUCAUUUUUAAUGCUGGAUUUGGUUAUUCUUGGGGUCCAUUACCUUGGUUAAUUCCAAGUGAAAUUAGUCCUUUAAGUAUUCGUGCCAAAAUUGCUUCUUUAGCUACUGCAUCAAAUUGGGCCUUUAAUUGGUUAGUUGGUGAAAUGACUCCAAUUUUACAAGAGUUGAUUACAUGGAGAUUAUAUUUAAUUCAUUCCACUUCAUGUUUUAUCUCAUUUUUCGUUGUCUAUACAGUUUUCCCAGAAACUGCAGGUGUUUCAUUAGAAGAUAUGGAUUCUAUCUUUGAUGAUCGUUCUUCAACUUUUAGUUUCCAUGGAUCAACUUAUCAACCUAUAGAUUCAGAAGCUCAAUCAAUCGCAGAUGAAACUGUCCCAGGUGGUAAUAUUCAUCAAAAUUUAUCAACGGCAGCUUUAGCAAGACAACAAGCUUUAGCUAACCCAACUGUUGAUUAUUCUAAUCCAUUAUUAACAAAACAAAAAUCAGAACAAAGUUUUAGAAA